AUGUCACUCAAGAAGUGGAAGAAGGUUGAACUGCUUGAUCUGGCAGACAAACUAGAAAUUCACGUUUCGAACUCGUCAACGAAGGCCAAGAUUGUAGAUGCCAUCGACAAACACCUAAAAGAACUAGACGAACCAUUGGACCUCAAGGAGUUCCCAGAGCUGGCCACGUACUACGAGGAAUCAGCUGCCAGCAGCGAAGACGAGUCUGUCAGCGAUCCGGCCGAGGAGGGGGAUGACCUCAAAAAAACUCUCAAGACCAAAGUCCAGGAUGCAGCGGGAGCUGUGGCAGAUGCCUUCAGCAGCGCUGCUUCAACUUUGGCCGAGAAAACAGGCCAAACAAGCGAGGACGACGGAGAAGACGACAACGAAAGCGAGGGCGAAUUACAGCUUCCACAGGGCACGCCGUUCCAAAACUGGUUCUCAAAUCUCGACUUCCAGCGUGUCACCCCAGCGCAGGGCUCGUUUGCCUUUAAGUUCAACGAGUUCAUGCAAGACGUGCAGACCAAGACGUGGGAGACCAACGAGAACAUCCAGGAGGCUUUGUCGACUAUUCCCGCUGUCGAUUUUGUGUUUAUGCUAAUUGAGGCUUACGUCUACGUGGUGAGCACGCAUUUCGAGUUCUCCACGCAGAAGCCGUUUGUGAACGUGACCUCGGGCUGGCAGGAAAUUGCUGCGCUAGUCUCGUUCUGGUCGAUAUGGUCGCUGAUACUCCCGGUGUUUGUGUCGUACUACAUCAAUUUUAUCCGCUACGACCUGCCGGAGGUUACCGUGGACCCCAUGGUGUUCCACAUUACCAAGGCCCUGUUGGCGUUGCUGCUAGCGCAAUGGCAACCUUCGUUUGCCAGCGAAGCCGCGUUUGCGGUGAAAGAAGUAGCCGGCGACGUCUCCGUCGCAGAGAUCGGGGCCCACUGGUUCAGGUUCGCAUUGACGGAGUGGAAGUUGCAGCUCGGACUUCUGCCCUUUAUUUUGGCUUGUGCCGGCUCCGCGCUGUGUUUGUACGUCUUGUGA